CGUGACGCGUGAGGCCGCCUCCAUUUCGCAAGGCAGUGUUGGAGUUGCGCAGCAGUCCGGAGCCGGUCACCGCUGAGGAAGGAAGGGAAGGCGAGAGCUGCUCGCUACGUGAGCGCUGACUGUCCCGUACGCCCAUUUGGCUGGGCCCGCACCGAGACCGCAGCCCAGAGAGCUCCCCGACCACAGCUAUGAGCGGCUGCCGCGUCUUCAUCGGGAGGCUGAACCCGGCAGCCAGGGAGAAGGAUGUGGAGAGGUUCUUCAAGGGGUACGGCCGAAUCCGGGACAUAGACCUGAAGAGAGGUUUUGGAUUCGUGGAAUUUGAGGAUCCAAGGGAUGCAGAUGAUGCUGUCUAUGAGUUGGAUGGAAAGGAGCUUUGCAGUGAGAGGGUUACAAUUGAGCAUGCAAGAGCACGCUCUAGGGGUAGAGGCAGAGGGAGGUACUCUGACCGUUUUAGUAGCCGCCGUCCACGGAGCGAUAGGAGAAAUGCCCCACCUGUAAGAACAGAAAAUCGCCUCAUAGUAGAAAAUCUCUCUUCUCGAGUGAGCUGGCAGCCUAUCUGUGUCGUUGGCCUUAUGACGAGGAGUGCCUGUGGGUUAUCCUAAUCGUUCUGUCUUGGUCACUCUUGGUUGGGCCUGGUUGACUUUCCAGUCAGCUCCUACAAUGUCACUUGGCCACCUCUAGAUCUGUGUUUGCCGGUCUAGACGUAAUCGAUGCACUCCUUAAAGUGCCACAUUGCAGCGGUCCCAGAGCGUUAACGAGAUCUGAUUCCUAAGUUGAGAGCUGUUCUUCUGUAACGCUUCCGAAUAACGAGGUCCCGGUCGAAAAGAAUUGAAAGAUACGAAAUUAGGUGGUCGUUGGAAUCCUGAUCGCAGUAAAGUGGUCCUUGGUAACAUCAAGCAUAGAGAAUGUCUGGAUCCAUCAAUAGUCUCCUAAUAGGGAGGGCAGUGCGAUUAAUGGCUUCCAUCGACUGGGUAGUGUUCGUCAAGUGGGUGGCGAAGAGCCAGUCGGGCAUAUGUCAUGACGGUAUCUCCGGUCGCUUAAUGCAGUUUGCCGCUUGGCUAGCCUAGGGAAAUGUUAAUGAAGGUAAAGUAAACUAUAUUUUUAAUGGCAUAUGGGGCACAAAAUGAUUGGUGUUAUGUAAAUGUAAUUCUGUAUGCUUUUAAGACUCGUAAUGUAAAUGGAGGCUGAAGUAGUACAAAAAUAGAUGGGUAGCAUUUUGCACUCAGUCCAGUAUCUAUAUCCAGAUGUGCUUUCUGAUUUCUAUUUCUUUCUCUCUCUCUUUCUCUCUUUCUUACUUGCUAUAUAAUCUUUGUAUGCUAAAAUAUUAAGAUGCUUCAUUAGUGCUUUAAGCAGUAUGCUUUUUUUUGUU